UUGGAAAACCGGGAUUCAGAAUCAGAUUCACUCACAUUGAGCGAACAGUAAACAAAAAUUCUUCAACUGAGCCCUUCCCGCCUUUCUUCUUCAUUGGCAGUUCGCAAAUGGGCAUUAAGGGUUUAACCAAGCUCUUAGCCGACAAUGCCCCCAAAGGCAUGAAGGAGCAGAAGUUCGAAAGCUAUUUCGGCCGCAGAAUCGCAAUCGAUGCUAGCAUGAGUAUUUAUCAAUUUCUUAUUGUCGUCGGAAGAAGUGGGACUGAGAUGCUCACCAACGAAGCUGGUGAAGUCACUAGCCAUUUGCAAGGGAUGUUUAACCGGACAAUAAGGCUUCUCGAAGCUGGGAUUAAGCCAGUCUAUGUCUUUGAUGGAAAGCCUCCUGAUUUGAAGAAACAAGAACUUGCAAAACGUUAUUCAAAGAGAGCAGAUGCUACUGAGGACCUUGCAGAUGCAAUGGAGGCUGGCAACAAGGAGGACAUCGAGAAAUUCAGUAAAAGGACGGUGAAGGUUACGAAACAGCACAAUGAAGACUGUAAAAGACUCUUGAGACUCAUGGGAGUGCCUGUGAUCGAGGCUCCCUCUGAAGCAGAGGCACAAUGUGCCGCACUUUGCAAAUUAGGAAAGGUUUAUGCUGUGGCUUCGGAAGACAUGGAUUCGCUAACAUUUGGAUCUCCCAAAUUUCUUCGUCAUUUAAUGGAUCCUAGCUCAAGGAAGAUUCCGGUUAUGGAAUUUGAAGUUGCGAAGAUUUUGGAGGAGCUGAACCUUUCCAUGGACCAAUUUGUCGAUUUGUGCAUUCUUUCUGGAUGUGAUUAUUGUGACAGUAUCCGAGGUAUAGGGGGGCAGACUGCCCUAAAGCUUAUACGUCAACAUGGGUCUAUAGAAACUAUAUUAGAGAACAUAAAUAAAGAGAGGUACCAAAUUCCAAAUGAUUGGCCUUAUCAAGAGGCUCGACAGCUUUUUAAAGAACCACUAGUGUGUACAGACGAAGAGCAGCUUGACAUUAAGUGGACUACUCCAGAUGAAGAAGGCUUGCUAACAUUUUUGGUGAAUGAGAAUGGGUUCAACAGCGAUAGAGUGACGAAGGCAGUGGAGAAAAUCAAAGCAGCUAAGAACAAGUCGUCACAGGGCCGGUUGGAGUCAUUUUUCAAGCCUGUAACUAAUCCUUCAGUACCCAUUAAGCGAAAGGAGACGUCAGAAAAGCCCACCAAACAAGCAGUAACUAAGAAAUCAAAGUCUGGUGGUGGUAAAAGAAAGUAGUCGAGUUGGUUGCAUCGCCACUGUCAAAUUAGUUUAUCGAACUUGAUGUUUUGAGUAAGAUUUGUUUGAUAAGUUUUCGUUGCCUUCAAUUCUAGGACAUAGUUGCAUAUUAUAUGACAAUAAUUUUAUUGUAUUGAUUUGGCCUCGGUUGUGCAACUUAGGAGGUAGUUCUUUGGGUAUCUGUGGAAGGAUCGAGGAACCAAUCAUGGUUGUAGAUGCCUUACGUAACUAAAUAUCUAUCAAAAUUUCAAGAUACAUUCCCUCUCUGGAAUGAAGAUUUUGUUCCUUCUCU